AUGUAAUACAAUAUAAUCUUGAGAGUACAAUGAAUUCAUCUCCUCCUCUGGAUGCAGUCUAUCAAGCGGUGUUUACUUUAUAUCACAAUCCAGAUCCAACAGAGAAAGAAAAAGCAUCGAUAUGGCUAGGAGAGUUACAGAGAUCGGUUUACUCCUGGAAAGUUGCAGACGAAAUGCUUCAGCAAAAGAGGGACUUAGAAUCAUGUUAUUUUGCAGCUCAGACAAUGCGCACUAAAAUCCAGUUAUCAUUUCAUGAGCUUCCAGCUGAAGCACACAAUUCUUUGCGUAAGUCACUUAUGGAACAUAUAGGACAAGUGAAUGAUGCUACAAACACAGUUAUAGUCACUCAGCUGUGCUUAGCGUUAGCAGAUUUAGCACUCCAGAUGUCAACAUGGCAGAAACCAGUUGUAGAUCUUAUUGGUGAAUUUGGCCAGGUAAAUGUGUGGCCUCUGUUAGAGAUUUUGACUGUCCUACCGGAAGAAGUGAAUUCAUGGUUGCUGAGGCUUGGAGCUAAUAGACGACUUGAAAUAAUGCAAGAACUUGGUUCCACAGCUCCUACUGUUACUGAGUUCUUGAAAGUGUGUCUUUCAAAUGGUGGUGAAAAUCCUCACAUACAUAUCCGGAUAUUACGAUGCUUCACAUCUUGGGUCUCCAUCCAAGCCAUCGCAUUACCAGAUGUAGCCGAGAAUAUAGUUGUUGCACACGCCUUUCAUAUUCUGUCCAACCAACAGGCAGUACCUGGAGUUCACGAAGCUGCCACAGACUGUGUGUGUGCCCUACUGCAGUGUUUGGAGGAUAACAAUAACCAACAAGCUCUUGAACUGCAGCUGUUCUCUGGUGUGAUGUCUUUGGAAGAAGGGUUCCACCUUUCUGUUGCUCAUGAAGACCAAGAGAAGUCCAUGAAUUAUUGUCGCAUCUUUACAGAGCUGGCAGAAACAUUCUUAGAGAAGAUAGUAAGUGAAAACAGCAGUAACAAACCCCAUUUUGCUGUCAAAAUAUUGGAUUUGGUGCUAACAUGUGUAGGGCAUCAUGAUUAUGAGGUUGCAGAAAUCACAUUUAAUUUAUGGUAUCGCCUGUCAGAAGAACUUUAUCAGAAGAACAAUGAUAUGCUCACAGCAAUGUUUAAACCAUACGUGGAGAGGUUAAUAGAAGCUCUUUGUCGGCAUUGUCAAAUGGAACCAGACCAUGAAGGCUUGCUAGAAGAUGGUGAUGACUUUGCUGACUUCCGCCUGAAAGUUUUGGAACUUAUCAAGGAUGUUGUGUUCAUUGUUGGAUCAUCCAAUUGCUUCAGACAGAUGUUUAUAAGCUUGCAAGGCCCUGGGGUUACAUGGGACUCCAGUGAAGCAGCCUUGUUCAUCAUGCAAGCUGUAGCAAAAAACAUUCUGCCUGAAGAAAAUGAUGUUGUUCCAAAGGUUGUGGAAGCCAUCCUCAGCUUGCCUGAAAAUACUCAUGUCGCUGUGAGACAUACAUCAGUGCUUCUGCUAGGUGAAUUGUGUGAGUGGAUAGAACGGCAUCCACAGUCACUAGAACCUAUUUUGAAUUUCUUGCUGUACUGCUUGCAACAGCCCCAUCAAGCAUCUGCAGCUGCAGGUUCUCUACAGAGCAUUUGCAGUGCAUGUCGGAAUCAUAUGGGGGUUCAUUUCAAUGGUCUUGUGCAGAUAAUUCAAUCUCUGGAUACAUUCAGUAUCUCCAAUGAUGCAGCAAUAGGACUUUUAAAAGGUGUUUCUGUCAUUUUGGGUCAAAUGCCCCCAGAUCAGAUUCAGCGUGCAAUGAAAGAAAUUUGUUGGUUUCAAAUAAAUCCUUUGUGCCAGCUUGUAGAGAAUGAUGUGAAGACUGAGAGAGGAACCAAGUUGGAUCCUGCACUAUGGUUAGACAGACUAGCAGCUAUAUUUAGGCAUACAAAGCCACAUGUGGAGAAUGGAGCAGUUCAUCCUUGCCAGAGUGUUAUUACAGAGAUGUGGCCCAUUUUGUCAAAUGCUUGCACCAAAUAUCAGGCCGAUGGACGAGUGAUGGAGCGAUGUUGCAGAUGUCUGCGAUUUGCAGUUCGGUGUGUAGGUAAACAGUCAGCUCACCUUUUGGAGCCACUUGUUAAACAGAUUGUGAGUAUUUAUCAGAGGCACCAACACAGCUGUUUCCUGUACUUGGGGAGCAUUCUUGUAGAUGAAUAUGCCACUGAACCUGGCUGUGUGCAGGGACUACUAGACAUGUUACAGGCAUUUUUAGUACCCACAUUUAUAAUAUUACAAGAAGCAAAUGGACUGAAGAAUCAUCCUGAUACAGUGGAUGACCUUUUUAGGCUUUGUGCAAGGUUUUUACAGAGAGCACCUGUUCCAUUUCUGCAGUGUCCAGCUCUCAGUUCCAUUAUCCAAUGUGCGCUGCUAGCAAGUACCCUGGACCACAGAGAUGCAAAUGUGUCUAUAAUGAAAUUCUUUUAUGACCUUAUACACUCUGGAAGAAAUAAUCAGCAUCAAGAAGAUUUUGAAGUGAGAAAUACUUUGGUCAAAGGAAUUGUAAGAGAUAAUGGCCAAGCAUUAGUCAACAAUCUGAUCCAUGCUUGUGUAUUCUGUCUGCAUUCCUACAUGUUAUCUGAAGUAGCUGAUGUCAUCAUGGAAUUGAUGCUCCAUGACAGGGUAGCUGUUUGUCAGUGGUUGGAACUUGCUGUGAAGGCUUUGCCCACACAAAACUCGGGUGGAACUAUUACAGCAACGCAUAAACAGCUGACUGACUUUCAUUGUGCACUCACAGGAGCGGAAGGAUCAAAAGCUGUAACACAUGCUCUGCGGGACUUUGCUCGCUUAUUCCGCUGACUAGAAGAGAUAGUGUGGAAGCAGGAAGGGGGCGUGAAAUACUUUCGAGGGACUUCUUAAAUUGUUGUAAUAAGAGAUAUACCUAAAGCAGUGUACAUCCACUAUAGUGAAAUAGUGGAAUAAUUGUGUAUGGAUGAGUGUAUGUUUGUGUUUUCUGAGCCAAAAGUGAGAAUAUAAGAGAAGACACAGACUUAAUAUAUUAAGUCAUAAGUGAAAAGAGAAUAUUAUGUCACAUUGUAUAUUUCUUAAUAUUACAAUUUCAUGAUAAAAGUUGGAGAUGAUUUUCUUAUUCAAAAACAGAUGCAGUUGAGAUGUAUGUUACUUUCUUUAAACAAAUGAAGGGAUGGUCUUCAGGUUAUACAAUUUAUUAUACAACAGGCAUAAUAGGGGUGUGACAACAUGGUACCUGCAGAUUUUAGAAAAUUAUUUUGAAUUUGAGAAUUCAAGACUUUAAUGACCCUACUCAAUUUUAUUUGUUAUAUGAUGUAAAAUUCUUGAUGCUCUUGAAAGAAAAACUCUUGUGAUUAUAAGAAUGAUCAAGUUCAUAUUCUGUUAAAUCAGGAUCAAUUAUACCGCAAGUGUCCUGAAACGAA